UCAAAAUAGUGAGAGUGGAAGCGAUUGGGAGGAUUACGAUAUGAAUGAAGAUGAUGGGACUAAGAAAACCCCAACUUCAGAUCCAGAAGUAGGUACAGAAAAUUCAGUACAAAAAUCAGACGAUUCCGAAAGUGAAGGAGAUCUGGACACAACUUUGUCAGGCGUUACUACUCUUAAAAAUACCACGAAGGAGAUCUUAAAAAGGCAAUUUGUGAAAUUUCAAGAAGAAAAGAAGAUAGAAAAAGAAAAGAGGAAGGAAGAACAAAAGCAGAAACUUCUUGAGAAUGACAUCAAACUACAAAAGCAGAAAUAUGAGAAAAGAACAAUAAAAAAGCGGAAGAGGCUAAUGUUGCAGGAGAAUAUUGUGGCUUCUACCAAGGAGGCAUCCAGAGCUGCUAUAAGCUCAUGCUUUGCCCCUAUCCCUUCGUUCAGCGGCAAGAGGAGCCUCAUCUCGAAGAUUGCAGAGGAUCUAGAGGACACUAUUUUUGAGGCAAACAAUUCAUCUACUAAAGGAAAGUACUUUACCUUGCUUGAUAACCUGAAAGCAAAUAUUGCUGCUCUAUCUAAAUUCUUCCAUGUUUCUGACUGAAUAGCCAAGGAAGAGAUUCCUUAUGAGAAGCUCAAGCUUGACCAUUCAGAAUUUGUGGAGAAGUGCACAAUUCUGGAGGCAAGAUUAGCACCGAAUGAACAGAAGCCUAAGAAACUUCCAGAGAAACAUAUUGAGGAAAAGUCUAAAGUACAAGAGAAAGUGCAUGUUAAGGAGAGAAGACCAACUUUUCUUCCAAAUGAAUGCCCCAGAACACGGAUGGAUAUGCUGAAACUUAGGAAAAGGUUACAGAUAUUAGCGCCUGAGGCUGCUGAAGAUAGCUACACAGACACAAAUCCAACAGAAGAAAUCUCUUCAAAGAACCUUGAAAAAGGUUCUCAAAAGGACUUUAAGAAAGGUUCCUCCAAGGGUUCAUCCCAAGGCUCUCAGAAGGAUUCCAAAGGCACGAGUGAGCAAGUCCUAAUCGAGCCGAUUCAAAAAUGUAUCGAAGAGAUUCGUGCUGUGAAAACCCAACAUAACAGUGAUAAACCCGAAGAGCCAAGAAGCUCUGUGUCAUUGAGAAGAACCCAGGCUAUCCCAGGCUCCUUGCUUAGGGUUGGAUCAUACUCUAUCACCCAUUCUAGAGGGUACUUUGGAGCUGAAAUGGUAGCUUACUCAACCUCAGAUAUCAACUUAUUCCAGAGUUUACCGAAAAUUCCCAGGAAAUUGACCAUGAGCGGGGUCAUUUCAGUCAAAGAGGUUGAAAAAUAUCUGAUACAAGUUGGAUCAUCAUUCCCAAUGGUUAUGGGAUGGAUGGAGCACAAUACUCCUACUGAUCAGGACUUUUACAUUAAGUCUAAGACUAGCUACUGUCAUCUCUGGUCAGUCCUAUCACCAAAAAGGAAAUGUGGAGUUCUUGAAAUAUUCACAGGCUUCAAGCUAUAUGUUAUUCCUAUGGAUGGGCACAAUAAGCAAUUUUUCAAUGCCUUUCAACUAAAGCUGUACACCCAUCAAAAAGGCGAGUUGGUUGAGAGAGGUUAUCCACUUGACACAGAUAAGAGGCGAUGCUUCGCAUUCUUAGGCUUGAUAAAAUCUAAAUUUUACAACAGGACUAAAUUUCUCGAUCCUAAAGUACUAUGCGAGGCUAAACAGGAGGAAGAGACUGAGGUUCAUGACCAAGAAAAGCUUCUCCUAGCACAAGAUGCUGAAUUUAUCAGUGAUAUAGUGGAAGAUUUUGAAGCAAAGAUUAUUCCGUAUGAAGAUCUGUACAUCCGACUUGAAAAUUGCCCAGAUCAGGACCGACUCAGCAAAGCUUUAAAUGAAGUGGGGUAUAGCACCAAGAGGAAAUUUGAACAAUUCAUAGAAGCAAUGGUAAGCUACAGAGAUAUCAAGAACAGUUCUAUUUGUCCUAAAUUACUAAAAGAGAAGAUUGUGAACCCUGAGACCAAAUCUGACCUGAUUUCUCCACUUUCUAAGUCAUAAAUAAAUGUUUCAAUA